AUGCAUGGCCCGCCCGCCGACCGCCGGCUCCUCCCACCUCAUCACCUUCCAAAGCCCCAAACCCGCCUCCUGCCAGUCAUCCUCAGCCAACCACCCCCCGCCAUCGACGCCCUUGCCACCACCGCCACCGCCGCCGCUGCUGCUCGAACGCACCCCCGCCGGCCGACUCGCCCGCUGGAACCGCCGGCUGCGCCAGAAAAAGACCUGCCCGCGCUCAGGAUCCCCACCAGCUUCGAGGCCCUCAAGAAACUCAAUGCGCUCCUCCAAAUCUACAAGACUGCACACUACUACCGCGUGCUCUCGUCCUUCGUCCUGCUCUACCUCUUCCUGCAGACCUUCUCGCUGCCGGGCUCGAUGUACCUGUCGAUCCUAGCGGGGGCGAUGUUUGGGGUGCAAGUAGCGCUGCCGCUGGUGUGCAUGUGUGUGGGGACGGGGGCGAUGCUAUGCUACCUGAUGUCGCUCUGUCUGGCGCGGGACCUGGUGGUCCAGACGCCGUCGAUCCGCGCGAGGCUGGAGGACUGGAAGCUGGCGCUGGCGACGAAGACGAACAAGCUCGACCUGUUUGCCUACCUCGUCGUCAUCCGCAUCUCGCCCCUGCCCCCCCACUGGGUCGUCAACCUCCUCGCGCCCCACGUCGGCAUCCGGCUAGGCACCUUCUGGCUCUCCACCUGUCUCGGCAUCUUGCCCGUCACCCUCAUCCAUACCCAGCUCGGCACAACGCUCGACCAGAUGGUCGGCCCCGAAGAGCUCGCCUUCCUCACCCCCAAGAACCUCUCCGGCCUCGCCCUCGUCGCCGCAGCCGUCCUCGUCCCCGUCCUCAUCCGCUGGCGCCUCCGCACCGCCAGCCCGCUCCCACACACCUCCACCGCCCAGGAGCAGCCACCAGGGCCGCGGAGACAGACCGUCCGGAGCCUGAGCGGCCAGCCCCACCUGCACAAGCUGACCCGGGUCGACUCGCCGGACACCCUGCUGCUCUCCAGCACGGCCACCCAACAGCCCUCCGCCGCCGAGCCCCCAACCCACCGUCCCGUCCUCCGCCCACUCGCCAUCCCCCACCCGCCCGGCUCCUCCGUCCCCGCCGCGACCCCCCCCAGAGUCCAUCCGAACCUCCUCCGACCCCUCCCGCAGAACCCAACCCGUCCCUCCCCGGACACCCCCCCCUCACAUCCCCGCCACAUCCUCCGCUCCCACAUCCUCCUCAACCGGCCCCCCGCAGAGCCCCCGAUCCCCGCCCCGCGACCCCCCCCGCCCCCCUUCUUCUCCGCGCACCCACUAACCUCUCCUUUGUGGCUAUUCCUGAGCUUGUUUAAUUACCUCUCCCUCUCUCGGCAUCCUUUUCUCUGA